CGUUUUUGCUUUGACAGCAGCAGCAGGAGCAUGCUUCUUCGUUCAGUGGCUGUUUUGUUGUUGUUGGCGUCAUUCACGCACAAACCAACCCUCUGUCUCUGUUAGCUCAUCCAUCAGCAUCAGCGCAGCACCAUGUCUGACCACGGCAAGUUUGCCACGUCUGCGAUCCACGCUGGGCAGGAGCCCGAGAAGUGGAAGUCGUGGGCCGUGUGCCCUCCCAUCUCCCUGGCGACGACCUUCAAGCAGCCUGAUCCGGGAGUGACCAAGUCUGGCUUCGAGUACUCGCGCGGCGGCAACCCCACCCGCAACUCGCUCGAGGAGGCCUUUGCCGCCAUAUGUCAUGGCAAGAAGGCUCUUGUGUGGGCCUCUGGUCUUGCCGGCACCAACGCGGUGCUCCAGCUCCUCCGCCCAAAUGACCACGUCCUUGCCAUUGAUGACCUCUACGGCGGCACCAACCGGUUGUUGCGCCGUCUUGGCGAGCCCAUGGGCAUCCAGGCCGACUUUGUUCCCACCGCCAACGUGGAUAAGUUUGCCGACUCCAUGAAGCCUAACACCAAGCUUGUGUGGAUUGAGUCGCCAACCAACCCGCUGCUGCAGAUCACGGACAUCCGCGCGGUUGUGAAGCAGGUCAAGGCGAAGAACAAGGACUGCAUCAUCGUUGUCGACAACACGUUCAUGUCGGCAUACUUCCAGCGCCCGCUUGACCUCGGCGCUGACAUUGAGUUUGCCUCUGUCACCAAGUACUACAACGGCCACUCUGACGUGCUCAUGGGUGUGACCAUCACCAACAACGCCGACCUGGCCGAGCGGCUGCAGUUUAUCCAGUUUGCUGCGGGUGCCGUGCCGGGCCCCUUUGACUGCUACCUGGUCAACCGUGGCCUCAAGACGCUGCACGUGCGCAUGGCUGCACACGCCAAGAACGCCAUCCGCGUUGCCCGCUACCUCGAGGCACACCCGAAGGUGCGGCAAGUGAUCUACCCUGGCCUUGAGUCGCACCCUGGGCACGAGAUUGCCAAACGCCAGUGCCACGGCUUCAGCGGCAUGGUCACCUUCCGCAUCCGCGGUGACAUUGAGGCCUCCCGCACCUUCCUCAAGUCCAUCAAGGUGUUCACGCUCGCGGAGAGCCUUGGCGCCGUGGAGUCGCUGGCUGAGCUGCCGUGCAUCAUGACGCACGCGUCUGUCCCCGCUGAGCAGCGUGCCCAGCUCGGCAUCACGGACGACCUGAUUCGGCUCUCGGUCGGCAUUGAGGACAUUGAGGAUCUCAUCACCGACCUGCAGCAGGCCCUCAAUGCUGCCGUCCCGGGCUACGAGGCGACGCCUGCUGUUGGCGAGUUCAUCACCGAGGACGCUGCCAAGACGAGCGCUGUGUCGAAGCAGCCCGCGACCACCGCCGCCCCGGGCAACAUGACGCCACGCACGCCCAAGGUCAACUCUGUUUCCUCUGGUGUUGCCACGCCAACGCGCAGUGCUGCUGGCUACAACGCCCCAACCACCUCUCGCCUGGCUGAGUCACCUGCGCGCUACGAGGGCUCCCGCCCCCCUUCGCGCCACCCGCCUGGCGGCCAGUCCACCAUCACUUUUGGCUAAGCAAUGUAGCCCUUGCUGGCACGCGUGAUGUGACCUGACCUGACGACCCACACAAGGUGUUUUCUCUCUCUCUCCCACACCCAUCCCUUUUGGUUUGAUUCGCCCUGUUCCUCUCUCUCUCUCUCUCGCUGUUGUGGCGAUCAUGUGGAGACACAACACAAGCUGAUACGAUACACCACGCUUGUCACGUCACCCUUUGCCAUACGCCCACCCACAAUGAAGCUCGCAAGCAAAGCAA